UAAGCUUUUUCAGUACAUACACGAGCUUGCAGUUCAUUGGACACCUAGAAUAGUUUUUUAUCAAUUAAUUUUAUAUUUACAUUUCUGAUAGUUAGAUAGAUUUCUGAUAAAAAUAUUCAUUGAAAACAAUAAGUCUGAAGUAAAAUUGCAAUAAUGGCAACAUAUUUAGAGCCUUGUGAUAGUGGGUCACCGUCAAUGUCUAAAACUGAAGAUAAUUUAUCCAACAGUGAAGGCCCAUUGUUGAAAAAAAGUAUUGAAAAAAAGAAUGUUAAUUCUAGCAUUGAAAUCAUCUCUGUAUUAAAACCAUCAAGAUCUCCAUCUCGAUCAACCAAUGAUCAAUCUACCAUCUCCUUUGAUUAUGAUAAGAAAAGAUAUUGUUUUUGGGCAUUGACAAUCAUUCUAGCAGCGUUUGGUCUCUCAAAUCUUCUCCUUAGCAUCACUAUUAUCAGCGUUCUGCGUUUAUCACGAGGAAUGGAAUCUCUGGAAAUAAUUCCUGACGACAGUCUCAUUAAAUUUUAUGGAUCUACGGAUUUAGAUCAUAUAUGUGUAGAAAACGGAAUUUGUCAAGGCUAUGGGGAUGAGCCUGCUGAAUGGACUGGUGAUGACUCAGGAAUUCAUUUAACUGUUAAAAAUCGUCGUCAUGAUCAUCUACAUUCUAAUUUUCUACUUUUUCCAAAUGGAACAAGCGUUUCCUCCGUUGAGUCUUUUGAUGUUAAAGACCCAAAAUCUGGUGAUAUAAUUUUUUCUACAAACUUCCCAAAUUUCGGGCUUCCCAGUGGCGUUGGUCAUAUAAAUAUUCAACAAGCCAUUACACAUCGAAUUGUAUCUCCAAUGAAUAGAUCUUUAAACAUAGAAUCUAGAAAACAAGUCGAUCUCCGUGGAGCAGAAAGCUUGAAAAUGGAUAGUAAAGAAAUUGUUUGGGUGGCUAAUAAUGAUAUUAGAGUGAAAAGCAAUCAAUCUAUUAUUCUCCAAGGCAAAGGAAUUUUUCUGGAUAUGAAAAAAAUUCCCAUCGUUCCUGGAAUAUUUCCAGGAGUUAGUGGAAAAAGUAAUCAAAAUCUCCAAUUCAAAAUCUGUGUUUGUAUGCCUGAAGGAAAAUUAUUCCGCAUUCAAGUUCCCUCUGGUAAAAUUCGGGUGAACUGUGCUGAACUUAGUACUUAUUCUCAAAACCCAUGUGCAUAGUAAAUGUAAUAAUAGAUUAAAACUAUAAAUAAAAAAAAUUAAAAUA